AGUCCAUUUCCUCUGUGAAAGAGGAAAAAGAUGGCAGCCUCUGGAAGCGGGUUUGGGUUGUUACUGAUGUUUUUUACUUUUACGAACCAGGGAGCUGGACAAAAUGCCGGUCAGUUGGGCGUUCUUCACGUCGAGGGAAGCGAAGAUUCUAAGGACUUCUGCAUCGCCUUUAAUGAGCAGUGGGUGCCUCUGCCUACUCAUCUGGAUAGCACGCCUAAAUAUCCUUUGGUAGAAGCUAAGCCUUCAACUCUCUGCCAAGUACCAGAAAAUCCCUCAAAGAUACAAGAUACUGCUGUGGCAAUACAAAGGGGAAACUGCACAUUGUUUUCAAAAGCUUUGUAUUCUCAAAAUGCUCACGCAAGAGAAGUACUCAUCGUCAGUAAUGAUAGUUUGUUUACCCCAGUUGCCAAUUCAUCAGAAGAGUAUGCUCAAGUAACAAUACCCAUGGCUGUAAUUAGUCAUGAUGAUUGGAUCAAAUACAAAGAUAAGGAUUUUGGUGGUAAUGUCAAAGUGCAGAUGUAUGCUCCACCCACUGAUUUACUGUCUAAUAUUGAUGGCAAUUUGGCAGUGUUGUGGUUACUUGCUGUGGGUACUGUGGCUAUUGGAGCUUACUGGGCUGGUAUUACCAACAAGAAAAUCAUGAGGAGUGUGUUAAGGGGCAAUACUAACACUGAUGGAGAUGACAGUAAUGCUAACAGAGAAGGGGAGUCUGCUGAAGAGAACUCUAUUGAAGUGACACCUCUGUUGGUCAUUGUAUUUGUUUUAUUGGUCUGUUGCACUCUACUGUUGCUGUACUAUUUCUAUAAGUAUCUGGUGUAUGUUGUGAUUGUGGGCUUUGCUCUGGCUUCCUGUAAUGGAUUGUACGAGUGUCUUCAUCCUCUUGUUCUAUGGUUUCCUUUUGGAGAUUGUAAAGUUCCUCCCAACCAGAUUCCACUUUUGAAAAAAGAACCACAAAUAAGAACUGUUUUGUUGAUACCAUUCUGUUUGGCCAUUGCCAUCUGGUGGGGCAUUGAAAGGAAUAAAAGCUAUGCCUGGAUACUCCAGGACAUCUUGGGUAUAUCAUUGUGUAUAAGUCUGAUCCGAAUCAUCAGAUUGCAGAGCCUGAAGGUUUGCACACUGCUACUGGUCCUGCUUCUUAUUUACGAUGCAUUUUUUGUGUAUAUCACACCACUCUUCUCUGCUGGCAAGAGUAUCAUGGUUGAAGUUGCUACAGGUGGUGAUAGUAAAGAAUCAUUACCAAUGGUAAUUAAGGUACCCCGACUCAGAAAGUCAGUGUUAUCUGUGUGUCUGAGACCAUAUUCAAUCCUAGGAUUUGGAGAUAUCCUAGUACCUGCCCUGUACAUCAGUUUCUGUCACACAUUCGAUAUCAUCACAAACACUCCAUGCAAGAUAUAUUAUGUUGCAACUACUGAAGCUUAUGCUGUAGGUUUACUCAUCACAUUUGUUAUGCUGUUUGUUAUGGAGCAAGGACAACCUGCCCUUGUGUAUUUGGUUCCAUGUAUUCUGAUAACUGGUAUUGUUAUUGGCUGGAGACGUGGAGACCUAAAGAAACUCUGGAGUGGAAAAAUGGUGUCUGAAGAUGUUGGUCAGAAUGAUGAUAGUGAGGACGAAGAAUUUAAAGGCAAAAGUUUAACUAGACGGCUUAUAGACCAUGAAAACUAACAGCAGUCUAAUUUCAAUCAUUUGUCAUUACUCACAAACCAUAGUAGAAAUAUAGUAGGAUAAUAUUUUGUUAAACAAGGUAAUACUCAGUCUGGCAGUUACAUUUUGGGUAUAAUUUAUAUGUUUUUAAGUAUGUCACAUGCCAGGUUUGACCUAUUACUGAAAAACAGUUUUUGCUGUUGCAGUGAGUCUGUUGUUAUAGUCACUUGGAUGGAAAGUUGGUCACAUGUCAAGUGUUUUGCAUUGCAAGACUUACUUGUUUUUUAUAUUUUGUGAAUUCUGACCAAAUGUUUUGGCUUGCAAUUUUGGUUGCACUUAAUUGUUCUUUAGGCACAACAAUGGAAUCAACUGAAAAAAUUGUAGCUACCAGCAGUCACAAGAGAUUCAUUCAGCUUUAAUUUGAAUCAUUAUUUUGAUAUCAAGGAAUUGAAAUAAGUGAAAUAACUUUAUUUAAUUUGAAAUUACUAAGAAAACACAGCAAUGUUUCUAGAAACAAGCUAAAUGUGUAUUUAUUUUUGUAUGUUACUUGGAUAUUAUGUCAUCAAAUGUCACAAAAAUAUUUUAAUAUGGCUUCAUCUUGGUAGAAAUUUAAUGUUGCCUUUUUCUUAAACCACCCAGAACUAUUAUAGAAUGCCAAUAAGAUUGUGGUAAUUUUCCUAAGUUGUAAAUACGAAGUUACCGCCCAGCAAUGUUCACAUCAUUAUCUAGGAAAUCAAACUUCCUUCCUAGUCUUUGGUAACCUAUGACAGACUGGCAAGGGACAAUUGAAUGAAUUGCUGUCAAUGAUUGAAUGAAUUGCUGAAAAGAGGCUAGAUAAUUUUUCAUGUAGCCUUUCUAAGUAAUGCAGAUAUGCAUUCAUAUUAAAUCAUGGCCAUUGUAGUUAGGAAUUAGCUGGGUUUGCUACUCUCUGAGCAAAAUUGCUUAUAAAAAUUUGGCCCAAGUAGAUUAUUUAGUUGUCAUACAUAAGUGAAAUUGAGAAAAAUUAAGUUGAUGGAGAGGAAUGGCAACAGCACAUGGGAGGGAAAUUAUGCAUACUUCAUAUGACAGUGGACUGUGUUUGAUUCUUGUUCUGUGGUCAGUUUUUCUUCUAUUCUAUCAUGGUUUUCCUCCAUGUCUUCCAGUUGUCCUCCCUGUUCAAAAGCAUUCUUCUAGUUUCUUUAACCAAAUUUUAUUAUGUACAUAGGAUUAUUGAUUUGUGAAUUAAUGUAAUGAGUCUCAAUAUUAUGAACUAGAAGCAGUUAUAUGAUGAAUUACUGUAAGGUUAUACAAACUCUUUAGUGUAAUUAGGCAAUAUUAUUCAGGAAGAUUUUCAGGUGUAUUAAUUUUAGGUGAAAUUAAAAUGUCAAUUAAUUGG